AUUGGAAGAAAAAUAAGGCAGGUUGCUAUUGUGCUGCAUACGCCAACUGAGACGAGUUAGCUGCAAGCAAGCAAAUCGCCAGCCAGCCAGCCAGGCAACGCAGUCUAAGCGCCACAUUUGUCAAGUUCGGUGUAUUUGUUCGUGGCGCUGUGCCAAAACCGUCUUUCAAGGUCGUCGGCAUUGGAGUGGGCAAUAACCACAACGUAGUCGUCGUCUUCGUCAGCGUCGUUAAAGGCAGUGUCAGUGUCGAGCCACUCUCAAAAUACAAAGUUAUUUGGACGGGAAAUAAAGGCCGGAAGUGUUUCAACUUUUGUGGUGACGGUUAGAUAAUAAAUUCAUAAAAAAUGGCUAUAAGCUUUGAGAAACAUCGCGCACAAAUCGUAGCCGCUUGGAAAGAUGUACUGGACGAUAAGAGCAGCACAAAUUGGUCACUUUAUGGCUACGAAGGUCAAACGAAUGAACUAAAGGUUGUGGGCAGUGGUGAGGGUGGAGUCGAAGAACUCUGCGAGGAUUUAAAUAGCGGCAAAAUUAUGUAUGCUUUUGUGCGCAUCGCAGAUCCGAAAACGGGCUUGAAAAAGUUUCUACUCAUCAACUGGCAGGGUGAAGGCGCGCCGGUGUUGCGCAAGGGAACUUGUGCCAAUCACAUACAUGAUGUCGCCAAGCUACUUUCCGGCGCCCAUUUGACAAUAAAUGCACGCAAUGAAGAUGAUAUCGAUUUGGAGCGACUGGUCAAGAAGUUGAGCGCCGUGAGCUCAACGUAUAGCUUCAAAGAGCCCCGCGGCCUGCCGGAUGAGCAGAAGACACCUGUUGGCACAAAUUAUACUCGCGUCAUACCUACGAAGGAGCUGAAUCCAAGUGUAAUGCAAGAUUUUUGGAAGAAGGAAGAGGAAGAGGAGAAGCGACGCAUUGCUGCCGAGAAGGAAGCAAAGCGACAGCAGUUGCUCAAACUCGAGCAGGAGCAGCGUACACGCGAAGAGAAAGAGCAUUUGGAGCGUGAGAAGAAAGUUAUUAGCACGUCUAAGCUACAGCCGGCGCAUGUGCCGAUCAAAACUUCUCCACAGCCCCUAAGUCCGGAGAAAACUGUUGCCAGCAGCUUCACUGCCGGCAUGACUGAAGCCGAGCGCAUGCGCCAGCAGCGCAAUCAGGAGGCGCGGGAACUGAUUGGUUCCCGUGUCAUUGCCGCCAAAGCAAUUUUCACCCAAAACACAAGUCAAGGCCAGUUGCAAACAAAAUUGAACACAGCGCCACCUGCCAAACCUGCGCGCACAUCCAUAGCGCAACGCAUCAACGCCUUUAACCAGCCACAAUCAGCUGAACCGGAACCACGCAAACCCUCACCUACACCCGGUAAAGUCGCUCUCUCGAAAUUCGAGGAUAUUGCCGUCACCAAUAACGGCAUCCAACAGCAUCAACCAACUGUGCAUACCACACACCGUGCGCCCUCGCCAGCCACAGUCACUGUGCCCACUCCCAUACUUGCUCACCAUCACCAAUCCCAAACACAGGUGGUCGAACCAGUUGUAGGAGUAGCAGCGAAAGCGGCGGUUGUAAUGGCGCCCGCGACUGUCGCGACAAAUGCACUAAAUGAAGAGGAGGUGGAGGUGGAGCAACCUGUCAAACCGGAAAUUACCGCCAUUGCCAAUAACGAUGACGUACCCUGGGCAGAUGACUAUGCUGCCGAAAAUGACGAACAAUAUUCCACUAUAAAACGUUCACCACAUAGUAAAUCAAAUUCAUUACAAUCACCAGAGACUUCAUCCUCCAAUGCGACCGAUACGGCGCUCUAUCAGGAUCAAGAUGAUGAGGGCGAGGAGCUGGAAGAGGAGGAAGUGGUGCGCACAAAAGUGUCGGUUACGGUGCAACAACCACAAUCGGCUAAAAAUGGACUAGGCAGCGCGUUGGAUAGAAAUGAUUUGACUGAUUUGGUUAACGAGGAUGACUUCAUCUGUCAGGAGUCACUGGGUGACGUUGGACUGAAAGCAAGAGCUUUAUACGAUUAUCAAGCAGCCGACGAAUCGGAGAUUACUUUCGAUCCGGGCGACAUCAUAACGCAUAUCGAUCAAAUCGAUGAAGGCUGGUGGCAAGGGCUCGGACCCGAUGGAACUUAUGGACUGUUUCCGGCAAAUUAUGUCGAAAUUAUUAACUAAACGAAAAUAAGGGAAUUAAUUAUACACAAGCAACAACCAUUAUUGCAACAAAAAAUGUAAGCGAAAAAAAAACAAACAAAGACACGAAAUUGAUGAUUCAGCAACUUUACAGUUUUACUUAUACUUUUACAAAUGCGAAUAAUUGCAACAAAGGAAAAAAAAUUAUAGUAGUACACCCAACAAAUGAACAAAAUAAUUGAAAUUCAACAACUAUACUCACCAUUGCCGCUCUUAAAAAUAAAAACACACACCAAAUUCAUUAGAAUUCGAAAUUCAGGCACAGCACAAUUUAAUUUUUUUUAUAUAAAUGAAAUCUUUGAGAGAGAAAGAGAGCAAGAGGAGGUUUUAGAAACUCUUAAUACUACUGAAGCAAUUGAAUUCUUAUGCAUUUUUAUAGCAACAUACUUACAUUUUUACUCGACUUUUGACUGCAA